AUGUCAAAUCAUAUCCCUGAAAUUUCAACUGCUUCUACAUCAGGCUCUCCUUCCCUCCUUGAAGCUAAAAAACAGCGAAAGCAACUUCAGCAAGAUGCUGCUCUUUUAUCCAACCGUAUCAAGCUUCUUCAAAUGGAAGAAGAAAGGACAUGGAAAAAGAUCGAAGAAGCCAAAAAACGAAAAAAUCAAGUUGAGUCCUCCAAACUUCGCAAUGAAAACAAACAAAAAGAGAUCGAAAAAUUAACCCAAAUCAAAGAGCAAAUACGACAAGAAGCCCAAGAGAAAAUAAAAAAACUAAAAUUCGAGCGUAAUUCAGGGAAAAAUAAAAAUAUUGAAUCCAUACAAAGUGUGAGAAAAGACUGUUAUAAAUAUGGGAGGGAAUGAAAAAUUUAUAGUUUGCAGCAAAGACAAAUCACUGAUCAAGCUUAUAGAGAGAAAAACAAACAAAAAGCACUGAGUGUUAAAUUGGAAGAAAGGCACAGACAGGUAAAGCUUAAGAAAAGAUAUGAUAAGCGUGAAGAAGAAAAUAAAGAAGAUUAUUUGAAAAGAGUUAAACAAGAAGAGGAAGCUAAAAAGCAGCUAGAAAAGCAUGUUAUGGAAAUGGAAUUAUUAGAAAUGGAGCUAAUAAGGAAAUUACAGCACACCCAGUUGAUACAGCAAGAAGCAAUUUCUGAUUUGGAAAAAGCUAUUUCUUAUAACUCUGGAUCUGUUCAAGAAUAA